AUGGAGUCUGACAGCCUUGAGGAACAGCUUCUCAGAUAUGCUAAAGAGGGCAGUAGUUCUCAUGUUCAGAGGCUCCUUCAGUUGAGGAUUGACCAAAGCAGCCAGUGGUGGACAGUAACGAAGUGUAAAGCCAGCUCAGGAUGGACACCUCUCCAUCUGGCCUGUUAUUUUGGACACAAGGAUGUUGUGGAGGAGUUACUUAAGGCAGGUGCUGAUGUGAAUGUUCAGAAUAACAUGGGUGACACACCCCUACACAAAUCAGCCUACACUGGAAGAAAGGAGAUUGUUCUGUUGCUGCUGCGGUAUGAUGCCUGCGCCAACAUAAUCAAUGGAACAGCUCAAAUCCCCAAAGAUGUCACAGAGGAUGAUGAAAUCAUUACCAUGCUGGAGGCUGCAGAAAGAAGAGAGGCUAGACGGCGAGAGGAGAGGCUUCUAGACGCAGCCAGAGAGGGGGAAAUCUCCACUUUGUCUAAGCUGCUCAGUGGAAAGGAAGCUCUGAAUAUUGACUGCAGGGAUUUGGUGGGCAAUACGCCCUUACACUGUGCUGCCUACAGAGGGCAGAAGAAGUGCAUUAUAAAGCUACUCAAAUCUGGAGCUGACCCCAGUAUCAAAAACAACAAUGGACAGACCGCUUUGGACCUGGUCCGCACUGAUGAACUGAAACAGAUUCUUGCAGCCUAUCAAAACAAGGAUGUGAACAGUGGAGUGCACAAGAUGGAAGGCCUUCUUUGGAAGAGUUCACGCUUCCUUGGAUGGCGUUCCCACUGGGUGGUAAUUGAGGAUGGAACUCUCUCCUGGUACCCCAGAAAGGCUGAUGCACUGGCGGGUGUCAGGAAACAGGGCUGUAAGUCUCUAACACAAGCCUACUGCAUGGUCAAACCUUGGGACCAUUGCGUCUUCAUGCUCAGGUGCUUUGAUGACACUUUACAUUAUUUUAAGGUCUCCUCAAAGACAGAUUCAGUGGCAGCAAGAAAAAGAUGGCUGGAUGCUUUUGAGGCACACUCAUCCUACAGCACUUAUCACUGCACCCAGCAACACAUUAUCGAUAAUGAUGAUGAUGCCAUAGCAGUGGGGAGCCUGACACAAGCCCUUCAGGCCGCCAGUGCUUGCCAGCUGAAAUUGGAGAGUGAGGUGUCAAUUUUUUUUUCUAUGGUGAAGAAUGAGGAUAAUAGUGUGUUGGCUGCUCCUCUUCUACUGAAAGCCAAAGAGACCAGUGAGCUUUCCAGUGAAACCUGUGCUGCUCUCCAUCUGUGCCUUGAACUGCUGUCAAAACAGGAGGAGGUGUGGAGCCUGAAGUUAGAGCAGGAGGUGGAGAAGAACAAAGCUCUGACAGAGGCCCUGCAGACUUUGGCAACUGAGCACCACGAACUCAAGCCGUCCCUGUGUAAGAGCAGGAGAUUGUCAACCUUCAGUACCCUCACUGAAGAUGACUUCUAUGACGCUGUGUCAGAGUCGGAGUCGGAGCUCUCUGUGAGCGGCUUCCUGUCUGUGGCCAGUCAGUCCUGUGAAGAAGACGAGGGGAGAGACACCCCCCUUCUCAGCAGCCUCUGCGAUCUCAGCGCACUCAGGGGGCCUACCGGAAUGUCAGGGGAGGGUAACCAUGGCAACCGACCAGCCCAGCAUAAUGGAGUGAAGAAGCACAGAGCAUCUCUACCGUCUCCCAUGUUCUCCAGGAAUGAAGUCAGCAUCUGGAGUAUCUUGAAAAAAUGCAUCGGCAUGGAGCUGUCAAAGAUUGCCAUGCCUGUAGUACUUAAUGAGCCUCUCAGCUUCCUCCAGCGGCUAACGGAGUACAUGGAGCACACCUACCUCAUCCACCAGGCCAAUGCUACAACAGACUCUGUUGAGAGGAUGAAGUGUGUUGCAGCAUUUGCUGUGUCAGCUGUAGCGUCACAGUGGGAAAGGACUGGGAAGCCUUUUAACCCACUACUGGGGGAGACUUAUGAGCUCAUCAGAGAUGAUUUAGGUUUUAGGUGGGUGUCAGAGCAAGUAAGCCAUCACCCUCCUGUCAGUGCCUUUCAAGCUGAGGGCCUCAAAGAGGAUUUUGUCUUCCAUGGAUCCAUCUGCCCCAAACUCAAGUUUUGGGGUAAGUGCAUAGAAGCAGAGCCCAAAGGACUCAUCACGCUGGAGCUGCCCAAAUAUAAUGAAGCCUACACUUGGACAAACCCCACCUGUUGUGUCCACAAUAUCAUUGUUGGUCAGCUUUGGAUUGAGCAGUAUGGGAGCGUAGAAGUGAUCAAUCACAAGACCGGAGAAAGAUGCAGCAUGACGUUCAAGCCCUGUGGCAUCUUUGGAAAAGAGCUCCAUAAAGUGGAAGGAUACAUACUAGAUAAAAGUAAAAAGAAGCUCUGUGCAAUGUACGGCAAAUGGACCGAAUGCCUUUACACAGUAGACGCUGCUACCUUCGACGCCCACAAAAAGACUGACAGAAAGAAUUCGGAGGACAAAAAAGGAAGCAAACGGAGCAGUGUGGACGAGGAGCCAGAAGAGAUGCCUCCACCUGAAGCUGAGACGGUUGAGGUCAUCCCAGGCAGUGAGCUCAUCUGGAAGAUAACGCCUCGACCAGACAACUCAGCCAAGUUUUACGCAUUCUCCACGUUCGCCAUGCAGCUAAAUGAGCUAGAGGAGAGCAUGGAGGGAGUUAUUCCACCAACAGACAGUCGUUUCAGACCUGACAUUAAGGCCAUGGAGAAUGGAGAUAUAGAUCUGGCAAGUGCAGAGAAGAAGAGACUUGAGGAAAAACAGCGAACAGCUCGGAAAGAUCGCAGCAAAUCAACACAGGAAUGGAAAAACAGGUGGUUUCAGCAAGGACCCAACCCUUACACCAAAGCUCAGGACUGGAUCUACUUGAAAGGCUACUGGGACAGAAACUACACUCAGAUGCCUGAAAUCUACUAAUAAGUAGAAACACGCAUAUAUA